CGUGCGGCGGGCGGGGAGCGCGCUCCCCGGGAAGUCAGAGCGAGGCUCUGGUUCCCUCGGAGCCCCGCGCUGCAUUCCUUCCCCUCCAUUCAUGCUGGGCAGCGGCGGCGAGCAGGCACGGGAGCCCGAGCGCUGGCACAGGCGGGGAGGGGGGCGGCCCGAGGCGGCGGCGGCGGCGCGGAAUGUGAGCAUGGCCGGCCCCUUCGCGGCGAGCCCGGAUCGCGGCUGGCGGACCGGACCGGCUGUCUCCACAAGGCCCUAGAUGUGGAUCCCUGAAGGGUCUGAGGGAUUAUCGGAGCACUUUCCUCCCCCGCCCCCUCCCGACCGCCGCCAUGUGCGCCGCCGCGCGUCCCUGGGCCCUCCUGCUGCUGGGGGCCGCGUGGGCCGCGGCCAGUAGCGCCGAGCCCCCCUUCCGGACCUUCCCCGUGAGCGACUGGGCCCUGACGCACCUGGUCGUCCACAACAAGACGGGCGAGGUGUACGUGGGCGCCGUCAACCGCAUCUACAAGCUCUCGAGCAACCUGACCCUGCUGCGGACGCACGUCACGGGCCCCGUGGACGACAACGAGAAGUGCUACCCGCCCCCCAGCGUCCAGAGCUGCCCCCACGGGCUGGUGACCACCAACAACGUCAACAAGCUGCUGCUGCUGGACUACGCGGCCAACCGGCUCCUGGCCUGCGGGAGCGCCUCGCAGGGCAUCUGCCAGUUCCUGCGGCUCGACGACCUCUUCAAGCUGGGCGAGCCCCACCACCGCAAGGAGCACUACCUGUCGAGCGUCAACGAGUCGGGCACCAUGUCCGGCGUGCUCAUCGAGGUCCCCGGCGGGCACGACAAGCUCUUCAUCGGCACGCCCAUCGACGGCAAGUCCGAGUACUUCCCCACGCUGUCCAGCCGCAAGCUGAUGGAGAACGAGGAGAACGCCGAGAUGUUCGGCUUCGUCUACCAGGACGAGUUCGUCUCGAGCCAGCUCAAGAUCCCCUCGGACACGCUCUCCAAGUUCCCGGCCUUCGACAUCUACUACAUCUACAGCUUCAGCAGCGAGCAGUUCGUCUACUACCUGACGCUGCAGCUGGACACGCAGCUGACCUCGCCCGACUCCACCGGCGAGCAGUUCUUCACCUCCAAGAUCGUCCGCCUCUGCGUGGACGACCCCAAGUUCUACUCGUACGUGGAGUUCCCCAUCGGCUGCGUGCAGGGCGGCGUCGAGUACCGCCUGGUGCAGGACGCCUACCUGAGCAAGCCGGGCCGGGCCCUGGCCCGCCAGCUCGGCGUCUCCCAGGCCGACGACGUGCUCUUCACCGUCUUCGCGCAGGGCCAGAAGAACCGCGUCAAGCCGCCCAAGGAGUCCGUCCUCUGCCUCUUCACCCUCAAGAAGAUCAAGGACAAGAUCAAGGAGAGGAUCCAGUCCUGCUACCGGGGGGAGGGCAAGCUGUCCCUGCCCUGGCUCCUGAACAAGGAGCUGGGCUGCAUCAACUCGCCUUUGCAGAUUGACGAUGAUUUCUGUGGGCAAGACUUUAACCAGCCUCUGGGUGGGACCGUGACCAUCGAGGGCACCCCGCUCUUUGUGGACAAGGAGGACGGCAUGACGUCAGUGGCUGCCUACGACUACCAGGGCCAUACGGUUGUCUUUGCGGGGACCCGGAGCGGCCGGAUCAAAAAGAUCCUGGUGGACCUGUCCAGCCCCGGGGGGCGCCCCGCCCUGCAGUAUGAGAACGUGGUGGCCCACGAGGGCAGCUCCAUCCUGAGGGACCUGGUCCUGAGCCCCAGCCGGCAGUAUAUCUACGCCAUGACCGAGAAGCAGGUGACCCGGGUUCCGGUGGAGAGCUGCGAGCAGUACGCGACGUGCGAGCUGUGCCUGGGCUCCCGGGACCCCCACUGCGGGUGGUGCGUCCUGCACAACGUCUGCUCCCGGAAGGACCGCUGCGAGCGCGCCGACGAGCCCCAGCGCUUCGCCUCCGACCUGCUGCAGUGCGUCCAGCUCACCGUCCGGCCCAAGAACAUCUCGGUCACCAUGUCGGAGGUCCCGCUCGUCCUGCAAGCCUGGAACGUCCCUGACCUCUCGGCGGGAGUCAACUGUUCCUUCGAAGACUUCACGGAGUCCGAGAGCCGCAUCGAGGACGGGAAGAUCUACUGCCGCUCGCCCUCCUCCCGGGACGUGGUGCCCAUCACCCGGGGACAGGGAGACAAGAGGGUGGUGAAGCUCUACCUGAAGUCCAAGGAGACGGGGAAGAAGUUCGCGUCUGUGGAUUUUGUCUUUUACAACUGCAGCGUCCACCAGUCCUGCCUGUCCUGCGUGAACGGAUCCUUCCCUUGCCACUGGUGCAAAUACCGACACAUCUGCACCCACAACGCGGCCGACUGCUCCUUCCAAGAGGGCCGGGUCAACGUGUCCGAGGACUGCCCCCAGAUCCUGCCGUCCACGCAGAUCUAUGUGCCGGUGGGCGUGGUGAAGCCCAUCACGCUCACAGCCAAGAACCUGCCCCAGCCGCAGUCGGGCCAGCGCAACUACGAGUGCAUCUUCCACAUCCCCGGCAGCCCGGCCCGCGUCACCGCCCUGCGCUUCAACAGCACCAGCAUCCAGUGCCAGAACACGUCGUACACCUACGAAGGGAAUGACAUCAGCGACCUGCCCGUCAACCUCUCGGUUGUGUGGAACGGCAACUUCGUCAUCGACAAUCCCCAGAACAUCCAGGCUCACCUGUACAAGUGCUCGGCCCUCCGAGAGAGCUGCGGGCUCUGCCUCAAAGCGGACCCGCGGUUCGAGUGCGGCUGGUGCGUGGCCGAGAAGCGCUGCUCCCUGCGCCACCACUGCCCCGCGCCGGACGCCGGCUGGAUGCACGCCAGCAGUGGCAACAGCCGCUGCGCGGACCCCAAGAUCCUGAAGCUCUCGCCGGAGACGGGCCCCCGGCAGGGCGGGACGCGGCUCACCAUCACCGGCGAGAACCUGGGCCUGAAGUUCGAGGACGUGCGCCUGGGCGUGAGCGUGGGGAAGGUGAUGUGCAACCCCAUCGAGAGCGAGUACAUCAGCGCCGAGCAGAUCGUCUGUGAGAUCGGAGACGCGAGCCCCGGCCGAGCCCACGACGCCCUGGUGGAGGUGUGCGUGCGAGACUGCUCCCCCCACUACCGCGCCGUCUCCCCCAAGAGGUUCAAGUUCGUGACCCCCACCUUUUACCGAGUGACCCCUGCCCGCGGUCCGCUCUCCGGGGGUACCUGGAUUGGCAUUGAAGGAAAUCACCUGAAUGCCGGCAGUGAUGUGGCUGUCUCCAUUGGGGGCCGGCCCUGUACUUUCUCCUGGAGGAAUUCCCGGGAAAUCCGCUGCCGAACCCCUCCGGGCCAGAGCCCCGGGGGCGCCAGCAUCGUGAUCAACAUAAACCGGGCCGAGCUCAGCAACUCGGACGUGAAAUACAACUACACGGAGGACCCCACCAUCCAGAAGAUCGACCCGGAGUGGAGCAUCAACAGCGGCGGAACACUGCUCACUGUCACCGGCACCAACCUGGCCACCGUCCGAGAGCCCCGGAUCCGCGCCAAGUACGGCAGUGCCGAGAGGGAAGAUACCUGUGUUGUGUACAACGACACUACCAUGGUGUGCCAGGCCCCCUCCAUCGACAACCCCACCCGGAGCCCCCCGGAACUGGGCGACCGGCCGGACGAACUGGGCUUCGUGAUGGACAACGUGCGGUCCCUGCUCAUCAUCAACAGCACCAACUUCCUCUACUACCCCGAUCCCGUCUUUGAGCCCCUCAGCCCCUCUGGCAUCCUGGAGCUCAAGCCCAGCUCCCCGCUCAUCCUCAAGGGCCGGAACCUCCUCCCGCCUGCGUCGGGGAACUCCAGGCUCAACUACACGGUGCUCAUCGGCUCCACCCCCUGUGUGCUGACCGUGUCCGAGACCCAGCUGCUGUGCGAGUCGCCCAACCUCACUGGCCAGCACAAAGUCACGAUCAAGGCGGGCGGCUUCGAGUUCUCCCCGGGGACGCUGCAGGUGUACUCGGACAGCCUCCUGACGCUGCCGGCCAUCAUCGGCAUCGGGGGCGGCGGCGGCCUGCUGCUGCUCGUCAUCAUCGUGGUCCUCAUCGCCUACAAGCGCAAGUCCCGGGACGCGGACCGCACCCUCAAGCGCCUGCAGCUGCAGAUGGACAACCUGGAGUCGCGCGUGGCCCUGGAGUGCAAGGAGGCCUUUGCAGAACUGCAGACAGACAUCCAUGAGCUGACCAAUGACCUGGAUGGAGCCGGCAUCCCCUUCCUGGACUACCGCACGUACGCCAUGAGGGUCCUCUUCCCAGGUAUCGAGGACCACCCGGUGCUGAAGGAGAUGGAGGUCCAGGCCAACGUGGAGAAGUCGCUCACGCUGUUCGGACAGCUCCUGAACAAGAAACACUUCCUGCUGACCUUCAUCCGCACGCUGGAGGCCCAGCGCAGCUUCUCCAUGAGGGACCGCGGCAACGUGGCGUCCCUCAUCAUGACGGCGCUCCAGGGGGAGAUGGAGUACGCCACGGGCGUCCUGAAGCAGCUGCUCUCGGACCUCAUCGAGAAGAACCUGGAGAGCAAGAACCACCCCAAGCUGCUGCUGCGGAGGACAGAGUCGGUAGCAGAGAAAAUGCUGACAAACUGGUUCACGUUUCUACUGUACAAGUUUCUCAAGGAGUGUGCAGGGGAGCCCCUCUUUAUGCUCUACUGCGCUAUCAAACAGCAGAUGGAGAAAGGCCCGAUCGAUGCCAUCACUGGAGAGGCUCGCUAUUCCCUGAGUGAAGACAAGCUCAUCCGCCAGCAGAUUGACUACAAGAUGCUGACGCUGAACUGUGUGAAUCCAGAGAACGAGAAUGCUCCGGAGAUCCCGGUCAAGGUGCUCAACUGCGACACCAUCACACAAGUGAAGGAGAAGCUGCUGGACGCCGUCUAUAAGGGCGUUCCUUACUCCCAGAGGCCCAAGGCUGGGGACAUGGACCUGGAGUGGCGUCAGGGCCGAAUGGCCAGAAUCAUCCUGCAGGACGAGGACGUGACCACCAAGAUAGACAAUGACUGGAAGAGACUCAAUACUCUGGCCCAUUAUCAGGUGACCGACGGCUCCUCCGUGGCCCUGGUGCCCAAGCAGAACUCAGCCUAUAAUAUCUCCAAUUCCUCCACCUUCACGAAGUCCCUCAGCAGAUACGAGAGCAUGCUCAGGACCGCCAGCAGCCCCGACAGUCUGCGCUCACGCACCCCGAUGAUCACGCCCGACCUGGAGAGCGGCACCAAGCUCUGGCACCUGGUCAAGAACCACGACCACUUAGACCAGCGGGAAGGGGACCGGGGCAGCAAGAUGGUCUCCGAGAUCUACCUGACCCGGCUGCUGGCCACCAAGGGAACCUUACAGAAGUUUGUGGAUGACCUAUUUGAGACCAUCUUCAGUACAGCUCACAGGGGCAGUGCUCUCCCCCUUGCAAUCAAAUACAUGUUUGAUUUCCUGGAUGAGCAAGCUGACAAACACCAGAUCCAUGACUAUGAUGUUCGGCAUACCUGGAAAAGCAACUGCCUACCUCUGCGCUUUUGGGUGAACGUGAUCAAGAACCCACAGUUUGUGUUCGACAUCCACAAGAAUAGCAUCACGGACGCCUGCCUGUCUGUGGUGGCCCAGACAUUCAUGGAUUCCUGUUCCACUUCCGAGCACAAGCUGGGCAAGGACUCGCCCUCCAACAAGCUGCUGUAUGCCAAGGACAUCCCCAACUACAAGAGCUGGGUGGAGAGGUACUACUCAGACAUCGCCAAGAUGCCUGCAAUCAGCGACCAGGACAUGAGUGCCUACCUGGCGGAGCAGUCACGGCUACACCUCAGCCAGUUCAACAGCAUGAGUGCCCUGCAUGAGAUCUACUCCUACAUUACCAAGUACAAGGAUGAGAUCUUGGCUGCUUUGGAGAAGGACGAACAGGCACGGAAGCAGCGGCUCCGGAGUAAGCUGGAGCAGGUGAUAGACACUAUGGCCCUGAGCAGCUGAGAAGUCUGGGAGGGCCCUUGGUGACUUUUUCCUAGUGGCAGACUCUGAGAACCAGAGAGAAAGAGACAGAGAGAGAAGCCGGCAUCGGGGGCAGGGUGUCCGUCCCCCACCCCCGCUAUGCCGGGGGCCGCGGGGGACCACGCUGCAUUCACCGGAGCCCCUCCCUGAGCCAGCCAGCACCGCCAAGCAAGGGAAACGCCAACACUCGGCCUGCCGAGGAGGGAGAAGGACAGAGCCCACUCGCCCGCCCGCCUGCCUGGAGGGAGAGAGGGAGAGGGACCUUCCCGGGCAGCGGCCCUCGGUGGGAGGCAGAGAAGGAGGCUGCAGUCACUUGGCAGAGGCCGUCACGCCUCCGCUGCUCCCUGAAGGCUGGCACAGUGGGAAUGGUGCUCCCUGGGAGGGACGAUGCCGGGGAGAGGGUGGGCACCGGGGAGCCUCCCUCCGCUCCCCGCCCCCUCUUCCAUGGAGGCUUCAGAUUUUAAUUCCUCCAAAUGUGACUGACUGUUUUCUUCCACUCUCUCAUCUGUUCCCGCUGGAUCCAGUUCCUCCCCUCUCCCUCCCCAUCUUUCUCAUUUACCUGCUCUAUUUGCACAGCUUACAGAACAUCAGGAUUUCCUUUUUACAAAUCCACAAAUAGAAAGGAAAAAAUGUAACGAGAAAGGUUUUAUAUAGGACGUGAAAUUGGCUUCUCUCCCUCCCACUCCCAAAACGAGAGGGGAAACCUUUAAAGUGGUCGUCAGAGCCCCAGGCAGCACAGAGAAAGGGGUGCCCGUGGGGGCUGAAGUUUCCUGUCCCGUAGCACGCGUCAUCUCUGUGACCCUCAGCACAAGCGGGAGAGAAAGGCACCGAGGUGCUCCCCAGACCCAGAGCUGGAGAAUGGCGGAGGGCAGCUCUGGGGACUUUGGUUCUGCCCUCCCUCAUUCCCAAGGGCUGCUGGGAGGUGGCAGGUGGGACAGGAGGGGGCGAGAUGUGGCCCACUUCUGGGUCCCUCUGCCCUCCCUGCUUUUUCCUCCCUCCCUUUCCAGUAUCCCAAGCCCCUGCCCGUCCCCCUCCCCACAGGCUUCUCAAAUUAGCGACCUCCCCUUGGCGUGGCUCGGUGUGGGAUUCGUGUCUCUGCUGCUGCUAGGCCCGGGUCUGGCCCCGGACAGAGUCAUUCAGUGGAGGGCUGUGCCGUGCCUGGAGCUCCCUGCUUGUCUGACCUCCUUCUGGGAACGGCCGUCGCCUCUGGCCGCGACUUCCCAGAACUCCUUGGUCCGGGGCGUGACCAGAGAUGAGGAGAGGCAAAGAGAGCCAGCCCCUUUCCGCCCCUCACUGAGCUGUUGGACAGAGGCGAGGCCGGUUCCCAGCCCCCUCCCCGCAGGAUUGACAAGAACCCUCACUUCUGGUUGAGUUGCAGAGACCUUGGCUCCAGAGGAGCCUCCCAGGCCCGGGUGGGAAAGGGAGGGAAGCAGUUCUCAGCCAGGCCGCUUGCCUGUUCCCCAGUCCCGGGGAACCUUGUUAGAACUGGGCCCGUCAGUGGGUCUGAGAGAGAAGGGGUCAGCAGCAACGGGCUCUCCCAAUCAGUUUGGGGGCAGGGGUGUUCUGGCUGGUGGGGAGCGGGAAUAAAUCACUCCGUUUUGUCUGGC